AAAAUUUAGCUCCACGCACACACAAUCACAGACCCACCAAUCCGCGGAUUAAACUAGUCCUCCCCCCGCAAAAGCAGAAGCCACCACCACCACCGCUGGACUUCCUCCUCUUUCCUCCUUGGUUUUGCUGCUCGGAUCGAUCUCCGCUCACCUUUUUUUUUUUCAAGCUCGAGUCUCGCCGCAAAGGAGCGAUAGGUGGAUAGGAAGGAGGGAGUAGCUUAGCUUAGCUUGGGGAGAGACCGAGAGAGAGAGAUCGAGCGGAAAAAGCAAUCGAGUGCUUCGGCUAGCUUCUCCUCGGCUGGAAAGUCGCCCGUCUUUUCUUCUUCUUCUUCUUCGUCGUCCCCCUUGGCGGCCGCCGAAUUGAAUUGGAUUGGUCGAUUGGUUCUCUUUGGCUUUCUCUGCGCGUGUGCGGUUGGAUUUGUUGUUGGUUUGUUGAGGGGGAAGGAGAAUUGGUGUUUGGGAGGAGAGGGGGUGGGGGGAAGUAGCUGAUGUACGGCUCGCCGGUGUCCAAGGAUCUGAACCAGCCGCCGCCGCCGCCGAUGAACUCCUCCGGGCUGCUCAGGUACAGAUCGGCGCCGAGUACUCUGCUCGGCGAGGUCUGCGAGGAAUUCCUCCCCCGCGCCGCCAGCCCCGACGCCGGCGCCGACAACGUCUUCUCCCGCUUCCUGGCCGACCACCAGAUCCGCGACAGCAAGCCACCGGCGCCCCCUCCGCCCGUGCCCGUCCCCGCCGGGGGCCACUUCCCCGAUGAAGCCGCCAUGGCCUCCCAACAGCAGCAGCAGCAGCAGCAACAGAUGAUGUUCCACUCCCAGCAGCAACAGCAGCAGAUGGGCGGCGUGGAGGGGCUGUACCGUACCGUCAGCUCCGGCGGGAUGGACUCCGCCGCCGCCGCGGCCGCCGCGGGAGCCAGCAGCCUGAUCCGGCAGAGCAGCUCCCCCGCCGGAUUCCUCAAUCAUUUGAACAUGGACAACGGGUACGAGAGCAUGCUACGGGCCGGCAUGGGCAUGGGCUUCAGAAACGGCUCGACCCCCGCCGCCGUGGAUUCCUCCGGCAGCGGAGGUAGCCGGCUCAAGGGGCAGCUCAGCUUCUCGUCGCGGCAGGGCUCGCUCAUGUCGCAGAUCUCCGAGAUGGGCAGCGAGGAUCUCGGUGGCAGCAGCCCUGAGGCUGCCGGAGGCGGCCGGGGUUACAUGCCUGGGUACCCGAUGAGCUCCGGCUGGGAGGAGUCGUCGCUUAUGUCGGAGAACAUGUCCGGGAUGAAGCGCCCACGGGACUCGUCGGAGCCCGCCCAGAACGGCCUGGCGCACCAGUUCAGCUUGCCCAAGACCUCGUCGGAGAUGGCCGCCAUCGAAAAGUUCCUCCAGUUCCAGGACGCCGUGCCCUGCAAGAUCCGGGCAAAGCGGGGAUGCGCCACGCACCCACGCAGCAUCGCGGAGCGGGUGAGGAGGACGAGGAUCAGCGAGCGAAUCAGGAAGCUGCAAGAGCUCGUCCCAAACAUGGACAAGCAAACCAACACAGCUGACAUGUUGGAUCUGGCUGUCGACUACAUCAAGGAGCUCCAGGAGCAGGUUAAGGUGAUCAAUGAAAGCCGCGCGAAUUGCACCUGCUCAGCGAGCAAGCACUAGCAGUGAUUCAUCCUAUUGAGACAGAUCUCUUGAAGCUCCGUUGUACAAGACCUGGAGAAUUUAGAAGAAACAAGAUUAUUUUUGGGGGGGGGGGGGGGGGGGGGGGCGGGGAAUGCAUGUUAGUUUCUCAUUUUCUUUGGGGCUUGGGGUAGGCAUGCAUGGAACUGAAAGGCCUGCAGUGUACCAUCAGGACUUGUAUAAGCAGAGGGAGGGCAAUGGAGCAGUGGCAUCAUCAAGGAUUCAAGUGACGCACAGGAGAAAGAAAGGGUGAUGGGAGGAAAGAAUUGUACAGUUUUGCUGUAACUUAGCUAUAUAUACCCCCAAAACCAUGCCCAUGUCCAGUGCAUCCCCAUAGAAAUUUUACGGUACCAAACUAGCACCGCUACAAGCUCUAGCUAGUCUGCAGUUAGCCUCUCAUUUUAACACCAUCACUCACACCCCCAUCGCCAAUAAAUAUUUGCACCGGCUUUUCUCCUCGCUUUGAGGCAAAGCUGUUGUUGCAGUAGUUCAAUUAAUAAUUAUCAUCAGUUCUGAGUCAGAUUAAGCUAGAAAGACUAGCUUGACAAGGAAAGGUAAUGAGGUUAUUACAUCUUGUUGUUAUCCAAUUGUCUUACUGUACCGUUUUUGGGGGCAAGUCUGAAAAAGGUUGGCCGGUGAGUUCACGGAGCUAGCAGCGAAGAAAGUUCAACGAUCCGGAUGAGAAUGCAUGGCUCCUUUUUAUUAUGCUGUGAAUGGUCACUGUCAGAGCUCAUCUACUCCAAAAAAAGCACUACACGUCUGUCUCAAUUCUCAGCCAGGAAAACCAUGGGCGCAAUGAGAGCCCUGCAAACUUCCAAGAAUUUGGGGCUGUGGUUUCUUGGCCCUUUUCCGCCCAUGCUCCUUCGAUCUUUCUAGUAGAGUGCCAAAUUUUUUUAAAGAAAAGGUCGAUGGAUGGAUGGGUGCCAAUCGUGAAAGCAGCUUGCAUCUAUCUCCCGAGGAACGAAAUCUUUGUCUUCUUUCUAUUUUCUGUAAAGAUUGUGAUAGCUCUGGCUGUGGAAAAGAUGUGGCGGGCAGCACCGCCGGUGAAAAAGGCUGCCUUCCUGCCCGUGAAACCAACGGCUGAUAUUAAAAGCACCGUUCGUGUGUGUGUGUGUGUGUGAAAUAUAAUCUGUUUUCACCG